AUGGCAACCGCAACCUACAAUAUCUCCACCUACCUCCUAGACCGCGCCAACAUCCACUACACCGUAACCAAGAUGUGCCUCCUCCUCGACCUGAAGAAAUUCAGCGAGCUGGCAACGGACGUCUUUGACGAGCAGGUGCGGGUGGAUUAUACGAGCUUACUUGGUGGGGAGCUGUAUACCAUCUCUGGGGGGUAA